AUGACAGUUGCAUUGGAGUCAUUCGUGCCAAAUCUCUCUGGAAGAGUGGCCAUAGUCACCGGCGGACAUGCCGGGUUAGGUUUCGGUACGAGUAUCGAACUAGCUAAAAAUGGAGCUCGUGUAUACAUCGCAAGUCGGUCAGCCCCAAAGGUUGAAGCUGUGAUACAAGCAAUUGUGGCUGAAUGCCCUAAUGCGGAUGUUCAUUUCUUGCGCCUGGAUCUCGCGGAUUUGACUAGUGUGGUUGAAGCAGCACAAGAGUUUAAAAAGCAUACCUCUUUCUUCGUACUAUCCGCUGAGUUAAGAGUAUUGCUAGCUUGUUCCAAAGGCGAGAGUCGGCUCUUCAUUUGCUGA